AUGAAUCUCAAUUUCGCGGAAAUUUUCUCAUUUCCAAUUCGCUUAUCCGGUCAGCAUUCAAUGAAUGCGAAAGAAUUAUGCGAUUUUGACGAUUUGGCGAAUUCGAUUGUUGUCGAUUCGUUUCUCGGCUUCAAAACGCAUAAAAUGAAUUUAAAGUUAGUUAGUUUACUGUUACGUUUUUUGUUGAUGUUUUCUCCAUCAUCUGGCUUCACAAUUCGUCCAUGUACUCGAUAUACAGCUGAAAAAAAUCGUGGUGCUAAACUUGUUGUUACAAGACCAUGGUUCUUUUUAUAUUCUAAUUAUUUCAUUUCUUUUAAAAUCACUUUUUUUAUUAAAUAUCUUUUCGAAUAUUCGAAAACAUUAAAUAUCACUUUGUGUCUAUGGCUUGGACCUGGUGCAUAUAUUAAUCACGAUUGUCAGCCCAGCUGUAAAUUUGUGCCAAAAAAGCAUACAGUUCAAUUACAGGUUCUUCGAGACAUGGAAACUGGUGAGGAAAUAACAUGUUAUUAUGGUGUUGAUUUUUUUGGCGAUAAUAAUGAGCGUUGCGAAUGUCUUACUUUAAAUAAACUUACUAAUGAGUCAAACGUUUGUCCAUCUCGAUACCGUUUGAGAGAGACUUGUUCAAGACUGGAGCGUAAUGGUAAUAGCAUCUCUUUGAGGCAAAAUGUUUACUUAAGACAAGGUGAUCAAAUCGAUCGGUGCAAUAAAACAAAUGGUUAUGAUUUUUUGGUGAUUAAAUAA